AUGGGUUGUGGGGGAGGGGUGGGGGGGUGUGGUGUUUUUGAGUGGUUGGGGGGGGAGGUUUUUGUAAUUGGGUGUUUAGUGGUAGGGAUAGAGGAGAUGGAGGGGGGUUGGGGUGGGGGGGUGUGUUUGUUAGGGGGGGGGGGGGAAGGGAGGAGUAUGGGGUGUUGUGGGAGUGGUGGGGUGGGGGGGAAAAUUAUGGGUGGGGUGGGGGUGGGGGGGGGAUAG